CACAUCGUGAGAAACUACACUAGACUAUGGAGUCUAGUGAAGGAUCCGAGCCAGACCAGCCAGACAGACAGACUGCCCUGCCUUCCUGCUGCCAUGCUGCCAUGCGCGCACUGCAUCAAUGCGCACAUCACCACCACACACACAGGCACACCACAGUCAUCCCGUCUUUUGCGUGAGCGCCAUGAGGUGCUGUGAGGUGCUGCUGCUGCUGCUGCUGCUGUUGCUGUUGCUGGCCCCGCAGGAACGCGGCAGUCCAAGUGAAGGGGGCGUUGAACUCCAACAUCCCAACCUUCCCGGUCCUAGCUUCACUGGACUUUUUCCACACUUCCCCAGUUCGGGUUCCAGUGAUCCCCAAUCCGCCCCCGGUCCAAUCCACAGUCGUAGUCCCACGUUCGGCCAAGUAUUGGUUCAUUAGUUGACUGGAUUUGCUCUUCUGACGCGACUUUGCAGGUUACCUUUUCCACGAGACGAACAACAGGCAGACAUCAUCGAUACACAAUACAAUCUACACUACACUAGGCUACUUGUCUCUUCAUACCCCCACCGCGGCAUCAAAGAACAAGACGCGUUGCUCUGCCCCUGCGCUGG